CAUCACAGUCUGACAAGCUGCAGGGAAGGAUACAGACUGUGCUCAUCAGCUACAUACCUAAAGUGCCUGGACAUCGAGAGCUGUGGGUGCAUCAUGCGGGCGCGGAGUCUGCCAGUCCUGGCCUUGCUGCUGCUGUGUGCCUUCUGCACGCUGACGGAGGUGCGUGGCGACAUGAAGGCCGUGAAGCUGUGCGGCCGUGAGUUCAUCCGGGCUGUCGUGUACACCUGCGGAGGGUCCAGGUGGAGGAGGCUUCUCAACCAGCGAGACCUGGAGGGCAUGUCUGGUGGAGAGCAGAGCAGCAUGGAGGGCCAGGGUGACAGUCUGGCUUCAGACCUGAGCAAACGAGACCUGAACCACGUGCUCACCAACAUGUGCUGCCAGAUGGGCUGUCGCAAGAGCGAUCUCACCUACCUGUGCUGAGGAACGGUGGACCCGGCGUCUCCACCUACCACACAUCCACCACAGAUGUCACCAUGCCUCUCUAAUGGAGCUCUACGGUCUGAUCCAGCACCAUCACUUCAGCACCUGUCCACAGCUUUUACAAUACAAAUGAUUUGAUUUAGUGAUCAAUAGACAAUUACAGCAUGUGUGCUAAUGUCAGACUGGGAUUGAUUGAUUGCUCGCUCUGUACAAUCAUAAUUGUGCAUCUACAGUCUCAAUAUUGACAAGAAUCAGGUCCAAUUCCACAGAGCCACCAAUCAAUUGCAGUCUGACAUUAGCACACAUGUGUAACUUUAACUUUAAAUAAACUGUGUGAUGCUAUGCACUGGACAUCCUCCACUCCUACAUAAAUGGCUUUGAUUCAGAGGGAAGAUACUAUACCCACAUGCCUAUGUGAAUUUAGACCCAUUAUUUGAAUCAAAGUGUCAAAACGAAGAAUGAGAUGCCAUUCUGGACUAAAUACAUUUUUGCUGGUCUUAAUGCACUGUAUAUUUUGCAUGCUUUGUCUAAUAAAUACAAUAGCAAAAUA